AUGAUGCGACCGCGCGACCCCCGCAUCCGACAACGGAUUAAUCAGAUCUCCCAUAACCUUGAGACCGCCAACGAAACCGCGCAAGAGGGGCUUUAUACUUUCUCCCACAACUACAUAUCCCCGUGUUUUGAAUCCAUUGGAAAUUGCGUGACUGCAUGUACAGCACCUUGCCUUCCGAGCCGUGAAGACCACCUAAGGCGGCGACGACGCGGCCAAACCGAAGCCAACUUUGAUUUUUACGACGACUGGGCCAACGAAGAAGAAGAUGAUGGCUUAAUUGGAUGGGGUACUGGUGAACUCGACCGCCUCCUUGCUGGCAGCGGGCUGGCGCACGGAACUGCUGACCAGCCGCGCCGGCCUAGGGGGAUGAGCUACGGGACACAAAACACUAGGCGAAGGAGCACCGCGCACAUUCCGGACAAUCGCGCCGACCCGACUGUGAUUCCCAGCUCUUCAUUCCUCGGCUUCCUCGAGCGCUUUCCGUGGAGAUUCGGUGCGAGGGGAGUCAAGUAUCGGCCUUCAGCUGCAGAUCUGCAAGAACACCCCGGCGCCCGGCGCUAUACGCACGAAGACGAGCCACUAAUGGAAGCUAUGGAUGACGAUGAUGAGGAGGAUCAAUUGUCCCCCAUCCAUAAUAGGAGGAAUCGCAGUACCACGCAAUCUUCUCGCGGAACGGACAACUCACUUAGUUCCCGCGGGGAUCUAUUCCCUAGCGAUGAGGAGGAAGAUGCAGUGCCCCUCGAUGAUGAGUUUGCGCUCGCUUUUGCGCGCCGGGGAACGGGCUUAGAAUCAGAUGAUCAGUCCGGGGCGAAGUCUGAAAUUGUACAGUCUGCAUCUGCGUCCAGUCUAGGCGGUGCGUCCUCGAGAAAGACAAAGCGAAAGAAGAAACGGUCCCCAAAGCGAUCAACUAGUUACAAUGAUGCCGCGAUUGCUCAAAGUGUUGGUACACCAUCGAUGGCAGACCUGAAAACAGAAGAGCAGCGCGCGGCAUUGGAAGAAGAAUCGGAUAUUGCGAAAAGACGACUCGCUGCACACGAGCUGGCUUUGAGUCGAGGCCUUGAUCCGGGAGGCAGCGAUAAACCUGCCGCAAUAUCCGCUAGUCCAAGUCUCCGACCACAAGAGCAACUUAAUACCUCCAAAAGGACCUUCAGCGAGUCAUCAAGCCGCCGGUUGUCCGACAACCAACUCGAGCCAUUCCCACGCCUAUCCAUGUCGCCUUCAUCUUUGGCCAUGGAUUCUCCGGGUUUAUCGAAAUCCUCACCAAGGGCUAUAUCUCCACAUGAGCUUGGUGGAAAUACGACUUCUCUCGAUUGA